CACCCACGCGAUCAACAACAUCACCACCACCACCACUGCCACCACCACUGCCAUCCCUUACCACCGCCACCGUCGUCCCGACUCCCCCCCCGUCUGCCGCCAUCGUCGCCAUCGCCGUCAUCGUCAUUGCUGCUGUCGACGCUGCCUUCGACUUGAACUCCCGACCUUGAAUUGCAAUAUCGUGCAUAGUCUUUCGAGCACCAUCAAACAGCAUUCCUACCCUUCGCCAUGGCUGACGCGCCUAGUGCGAACGAUGAGCUUUACCCCAUUGCCGUGCUCAUCGACGAGCUAAAGCACGACGACGUCCUCCUUCGACUCAAUGCCAUUCACCGUCUUUCGACUAUCGCGCUUGCUCUGGGCCCCGAGCGCACUCGCGAAGAGCUCAUCCCUUUCCUAGAUGAGUCUGUCGAAGACGAGGACGAGGUUCUCGUUGCAUUAAGUGAAGAACUCGGUAGUUUUAUCGAAUACGUCGGCGGUCCCCAAUAUGGCCAUGUUCUUCUCUCCCCCCUCGAGAACCUCGCUGCUAUUGAGGAACCCGCCGUUCGUGACAAGGCUGUCGAGUCGCUCAACAAGAUCUGCCAAGAUCUUUCCGCCCAGCAAAUCGAAGAAUAUUUCAUUCCGCUCACGCUCCGACUCAGUAAGGCUGACUGGUUCACAUCCAAAGUCUCGGGCUGCGGUCUGUACACAGCCCCAUACAAGAAGAUCUCCCCACAGUCUCAGGAACAGCUUCGUACACAAUUCGGCCUCUUGGUCCACGAUGAGACUCCUAUGGUUCGUCGGCAGUCCGCUACAAACCUAUCCAAGUUUGUUAAGGAGAUGACCGCCCCGGUGGUUAUCGAAGAAAUGAUACCACUUUUUCAACAUCUUGCCCAGGAUGAUCAAGACAGCGUUCGACUACUAACCGUCGAGAUUCUGAUUUCAAUCGCCGAAGUUGUCCCUAAAGACCAGCAAGCUAGCCAUAGCGUGUUACUCACAUCAUUGCGUAACCUGAUAGAAGACAAGAGUUGGAGAGUCCGUUAUAUGAUCGCGGAUAGGUUUGAAAAGAUUGCCAAGGCGGUAGGCGACGAAACUGUCUCGCGAGACCUGGUGCCGGCUUUCGUCAAGCUUUUGAAAGAUAACGAGGCCGAAGUCCGGACCGCUAUCGCCGGCCAGAUUCCUGGUUUCUGCAGUCUAGUAGAUCGAGAUGUUCUCCUCAAGGAUAUUAUGAGCUCCGUUGAGGAUUUAGUUUCUGAUCCGUCUCAACAUGUCCGCGCUGCCCUUGGCACACAAAUCAGCGGACUUGCUCCUAUUCUGGGCAAGCAAGAAACCAUUGACCACCUUCUACCCAUGUUCUUGCAAAUGCUAAAGGAUGAGUUCCCCGAGGUUCGCCUCCACAUUAUCUCAAAACUUGAGCUUGUAAAUCAAGUGAUUGGGAUCGACCGUUUAUCACAAUCGCUGUUACCCGCGAUCGUUCAGCUAGCCGAGGAUAAGCAAUGGAGAGUUAGGCUUGCAAUUAUCGAGUACAUCCCCCUUCUUGCUAGCCAGCUUGGAGUUAAGUUCUUCGAUGAGAAGCUGAGUGGACUUUGUAUGGGAUGGCUCGGUGACACAGUGUUUUCUAUCAGAGAAGCUGCAACCCAUAAUCUGAAAAAACUUACUGAAGUUUUCGGUGUUGAGUGGGCCAGCGAGGCAAUUAUCCCGAAAGUUAUGGCAAUGGGCUCGCAUCCCAACUACCUAUACCGGAUGACAACAUGCUUCGCGAUCACAACAUUGGCUACCGUUGUCAGCUUGGACGUGAUUGGGAAAUCUAUCUUGCCUAUGCUAGAAAAGCUAGUAGAAGAUGCCAUUCCUAACAUUCGGUUCAACGUAGCGAAGACCUACGCCGAGUUAGUUAGCGUCUUAAAACGACUACCAGAUGAGGGCACUAUCUACAGCUUGGAGAAGGCUGGAAAGACCGAUACGACACCGUCACCCAAGUCAACUGAGUUGAUCCAGCAACGUAUAUUGCCGCACUUAGAGAAGCUUCAGAAGGAUGAGGAUGUGGAUGUAAGGUUCUUUGCCACGACCGCGGCUGCUGCCGUUCCGGGUGUAGGUGGGGGAGAACCAAUGAACACGUCACCAUAAUCGAGAGAACAGCUUUAAAAAGAGAGAUUUUCCUCCGACAGCUUGUCAUGGCCAUAAAGUUCUGACCUCUUAGCAAAUGCAUCCUGCGAGUUUACGCCGCCAUUGUUACUACGAGUUGAUUACACUACGAGUUACUUGGGUGGAUGCAGCGAUUCCUGUUCUGUUGGGGGGGAGUGAAAACGAACGUACACACCUUACCUUAUAAUGGGGCCAUGAGUAUAGAGAAGUUGGCAAAGCAUCGAAAAAUAGCGUCGCCACUACGGUGCCGACGAAAUCAUGAAAUUUUAAAGAAUAAGCAGAAAUCCAAUAGAACAAUUAUCUAUGAACUAGUCAGGAGUUUGAUGUCCUUGUGUACAUGCUAUGUGAUGGCUCUCUCCC